AUGUCCGACACUUUAGUGAAUGUAACAGGAUCUUAUAAUACAAACUCUCAGCCUCAAUUGACUGCUAUCAAUUUAUCGAUUUCAUUCAUUCAUCAAGCAAUUGAUGCUUUGGAUAUUGAUAAUUCAUUCUUAAGCAAUCCUUUAAUUAUUGCUGAUUUCGGUACAUCACAUGGCGCAAAUUCAGUUUACGCUAUGAAGUUAAUAAUUAAUUGUUUGCGCGAGAAGAACAAGCUACAUCGAGAGCCUCUAAUUAUUCAUAAUGAUCUCCCAACAAAUGAUUGGAAAAAAGUUUUUCAACUUCUCAUCGACAAUAAUUCUUACCAAGCUGUAGUUAGUGGUCAUUCAUUUUAUGAACAAUGCUUACCAAACAAUUCGCUUUCAAUAGGUCAUUCGUCGACAUCUAUACAUUGGUUGUCAAAGAAACCAUGUAAUAUUUCAAAUCAUUGUGUAUCUUUAUUUGCUACAGGUGAUGAAUUGAUUGCAUUUCAAUCACAGGCUCGUAUGGAUUAUAUGAAUUUUCUUGAAAAUCGAUCUCGUGAAUUAAUUCCAGGUGGUAUUCUUAUUCUUACUAUACCUUCUCUUAAUGAUCAAGGACAGUGUGGAAAUCAAAAUGCAAAAGAUCUUCUUUAUAAAUGUGCUGAGGAAAUUCAUUUAACAACAGAAGAAUUAUUUAAUUAUACUAUUCCAUCACACAUUCGUUCAUAUAAUGAAUGUGUCGACGAAGAACUUUUUAAUCGAUAUUCAUUUCAAUUAAUAAGAGCAGAACUUCGUAAUAAUCUAAUUAAUUUCUAUGAACAAUUGGAAAACGGAGAAAUCACACUUGAUGAAUUUGCGCAAAGUCGAACAGAAUUUAUGCGUCCUUGGUGUGAACCAAUACUGAAAACAGCUCUCGAAAUGAAUGAGCAGCAUUCAAAAGAACUAGUCAAUCAAAUGUUAAACCAAUAUUGGAUCAUAUAUCAAUCAAAAAUCAAAGAAAAGCCCGACGAAUAUAAAUCUUAUUUAAGUUAUACCUAUUUAAUUUUAAAAAAGAAUUAA